CUCACCAUUCAACCAAUUUCCAUAAGUUCACUCUUUUAUGCACUCUCAAUUCUCCACCACUAUGACAUCCUCUAUGAAUGAUGUUUAUCAGCCAUUUCUAGAAAACAACAGGGCAUCUUCAGAGCACAAUUUUGAAUCCAACGAUGAAUUAGAGACUGUACUCUUAGACAAUUCAUUACCUUUAUGGAAUCGCCUUCGCCUCGCUACAUGGAUAGAAAUGAAGCUACUAUUCUUCCUUGCUGCUCCUGCAGUGAUGGUUUACAUGAUCAAUUACCUCAUGUCAAUGUCAACACAAAUAUUUUCUGGCCACCUUGGUAAUCUUGAACUUGCAGCUGCUUCACUUGGUAACACUGGCAUUCAAAUUUUCGCCUAUGGCCUCAUGCUGGGCAUGGGAAGUGCAGUUGAAACACUUUGUGGUCAGGCAUAUGGAGCGAGGAAAUACGAUAUGUUAGGAGUUUAUCUUCAAAGAUCAACGAUUCUCCUAACUUUAACAGGGGUGUUACUCACUUUAAUCUAUGUUUUCUGCAAGCCGAUUUUAAUAUUCCUAGGGGAAUCACAAGAAAUUGCAUCAGCAGCCGCUUUAUUUGUAUACGGCCUAAUACCACAAAUUUUCGCGUAUGCUGUGAAUUUCCCUAUCCAGAAAUUCCUUCAAGCUCAGAGCAUUGUGGCGCCAAGUGCAUACAUUUCUGGUGCAACAUUGGUGUUGCAUCUACUGAUAAGUUGGGUGAUAAUUUACAAAAUUGGGCUGGGGUUACUAGGGGCGUCUCUUGUAUUGAGUUUGUCGUGGUGGAUCAUAGUGAUAUGCCAAUUUGUGUAUAUUGUGAAUAGUGAAAAGUGUAAGAAAACAUGGAAUGGGUUCAGUUGGAAGGCAUUUUCGGGUUUGCCCGAGUUCUUCAAUUUAUCAGCAGCAUCGGCGGUGAUGUUAUGCUUGGAGACAUGGUAUUUUCAGAUUCUUGUUCUGCUUGCUGGCCUGCUUGAAAAUCCGGAAUUGGCUUUGGAUUCGCUUUCUAUUUGCAUGACCAUUUCUGGUUGGGUGUUCAUGGUAUCAGUUGGAUUCAAUGCAGCAGCAAGUGUGAGAGUGAGCAAUGAAUUGGGAGCAGGGCAUCCAAAAUCAGCAGCAUUUUCAGUGAUAGUGGUCACAGCAUGCUCUUUCAUCAUCUCAGUGAUUGCUGCAAUCCUUGUUCUUGCAUUGCGCCACGUCAUUAGCUAUGCCUUCACUGGAGGAGAAGUUGUGGCUGAAGCUGUCUCCGAUCUCUGUCCAUUGCUCGCGCUUAGCCUUGUACUUAAUGGAAUUCAGCCUGUCCUAUCUGGUGUGGCUGUUGGCUGUGGAUGGCAAACCCUUGUGGCCUAUGUCAAUGUGGGCUGCUAUUACGUUGUAGGAAUCCCAUUGGGCUCACUUCUCGGAUUCUACUUCAAACUAGGUGCUAAGGGCAUAUGGUCAGGAAUGAUGGGUGGUACGGUCAUGCAAACAGUCAUUUUAAUAUGGGUCACAUUUCGAACUGAUUGGAAUAAAGAGGUUGAAGCAGCUCAAGGUAGGUUAAAUAAUUGGGAAGACAAGAAAGAACCAGUUCUGGAGUAGGAGAAGCUGUAACGGACUAUGCAAUUGGAAUAUAAUGGUGCAGAUUUGUUUGUUGGAA